UGGUAACAUAAUUUGAUAGUCCUUAGACGUGGGGGGUAAGACGAAAGCCGAAGACAGGGUAAUAGUAGUUUGAUGGAGAGGGGCGAGAAACAAAGCACAAAAUAAAAAGCAGCUGGAAUUGGUGCAUCAGAUCGGGUGUGGGUGUGAAAUAGAUCCGAUGGAGUGGUUUCCAUUGCAACAUCUGGAUCUGCGGGGUCACAAGCACAAGCAUAAGCAGCACCAGCAGUCGCCUCAAUGCGGGGCAUUUCAUCACUCGCAGGCUUUGUUUGCAGCAGCCCUUGACAAGUACAUUCUUGAAUUUGAUGCUUUAACUGGAUGUAAGCUGUCGACCAUAGACAUUGGGGCACCAGUUGUACAGAUGUCCUACAGUCCAGCAGGUGGCCAUAUUGUAAUUGCAGUGCUCGAGGAUGGCACAAUCAGAUCAUGUGAUUUCGACACAGAGCACACCUUUGUGUUAUACUCUCCAGAAAAGAAAGCAGAUAGGUUGAGUUCAGGCACAGAAGUGCAUAUUGCUUUAACUCCUCUUCAACCAGUAGUAUUUUUUGGACUUCACCGACGCUUGAGUGUAACGGUUGUAGGAACUGUGGAAGGUGGAAGGCCCCCUACGAAGAUAAAGACAGAUCUGAAGAAACCAGUUGUCAAUCUUGCUUGUCACCCACGGAGCCCACUCUUGUAUGUUGCAUAUGUAGAUGGUUUGGUCAGAGCUUACAAUAUCCAGUCAUUUACUGUUCACUAUACCCUCCAGAUUGAUAAUUCUAUCAAGCUGCUUGGUGCUGGAGCUUUUGCAUUCCAUUCAACUUUGGAGUGGGUUUUUAUUGGUGAUAGAUCUGGAACUCUUUUAGCAUGGGAUGUGUCUGUGACAGCCAGACCAAAUAUGAUUGGAAUUACACAAGUGGGUGAAGCUCCAAUUGUUGCAGUUGGGUGGCAUUCUAUGCAGCAAUUUCUCAUUACACUCUCUAAGGAUGGCUCUUUAAAUGUGUGGAGGACUCGCGUCAUAAUCAAUUCAAACAAGCCACCCAUGCGUGCUAACUUCUUUGAAGCUGCUGGAAUUGAAUCAAUGGACAUGGGUAAGAUACUUUCUCAGCAAGGUGGAGAGACAGUGUAUCCACUUCCACGUAUCAAGGAUUUUCUUCUUCAUCCUAAGUUGAAUUUAGCUACAGUCCUUUUCUUGAAUGAUGCAAUAGGAGAUGAUUUAAAACUCAAAGGUGUCUCUUUUUCCCGAGAAGCCAGGAAACAACUUUUUGCAGUUCUGCAAAGUGCAAGAGGAUCACCAGGUCCUGUUCUUAAGGAAAAGCUGUCAUUAUUGGGUUCCACUGGCAAUUUAGCGGGUCAUCAUCUGCAGUUGCAGCUGCAGGUACAACAGGCCAAGGGUCAAAAUCAGCUUACUGCCUCAGAUAUUGCUCGGAAAGCAUUUCUUCAUAGCCAUUUGAUUGGGGGACAUGCGAAAAUUGGGCCAGUAUUGUGUUUGCCACUUCUUAGUAUUGCAGAUAAAAACCAUCCACUUAGGGACAUUCCUGUAUGCCAGCCUUUUCAAUUAGAUCUCAAUUUUUUCAACAAGGGGCAUCGAACUUUGCACUAUCCAGUCAGGGCAUUUUUUAUGGAUGGAUGCAACCUCAUGGCUUAUAACCUAUCCACUGCAGAGUACAAUAUAUAUAAGAAACUUUCUUCAAUGGCUGUUGUUGGGAACGAAUGGAGUCCAAAACGCAUCCUAUAUAGUGCAAAACAGCAUCUUUUUGUUGUUUUCUUUGAAGUUCGUGGUGGACCUAAUGAGGUGGUUCUAUAUAGGGACCUUAUAGAUUCGCAAUCAGUUACUGAAAAAAUGAAUACAACUACAGGUUGUGAUGGUGCUUUGAUUGGCCCUAUGGAAAAUCAAUAUGCCAUUCUUGAUGAUGAUCAUACUAGUCUUACUUUGCAUUUCCUGGAUGUGGGCAUCAGGGAUCCUAUUGUGGAAGGUGUAAAUGGGAGAGUAGAAAAUAAUGGAGCAAUAGAUGCUAACUCAUUCACUGAACCUAAUUCUGUCAAGGAUCAAGCUCCAUUGCAUUUUGUUUUUGAAAAUAAGGUUGAACGGAUUUUUUCUACACCUUUAGAGUCAACAAUUUUGUAUGUUUGUUCUGGAAGCCAUGUUGCAUUUGCCAAGUUGUUCCAAGACACUUACCGGCUUUCUAGAGACAAUGGUCUAUAUCUCUCCACCAAUCCAGAACCAGGAAAGCAUAUCAAGCUUAAAGCCAAUGAGACAGUAAUCCAGGUUCAGUGGCAGGAAACUCAAACGGGCCAAGUAGCAGGCAUCUUAACAACAAGAAGAAUAAUGAUAACCUCUGUAAAUCUGGAGAUUAUAGCAUGCAGUUCAACUACCUUUGAUAAGGGCUUUCCUUCAUUCAGAUCAUUAUUGUGGGUUGGUCCUGCACUUCUCUUUUCCACUGCAACAGCAGUUGGGAUUCUUGGAUGGGACGGGAUACCACGAUCCAUAAUUACAAUAAACACACCUUAUGCAGCACUAGUGGGUGCAUUGAAUGACCGUGUACUGCUGGCUUGUGCAAUGGAGGCAAAUCCUCGACAGAAGCAAGCAGUGGAGAUUAAAACUUGCCUUGUAGGACUUCUUGAACCUCUUCUGAUUGGAUGGGCUACAAUGCAACAAAAGUUUGAGCCAAAGCUUGAUCUUUCUGAGAUAUUGUAUCAGCUGACAUCCAGGUUUGACAGUCUUAGACUUACUCCAAGGUCGGUUGAUGUCCUUGCAAAUGGUCCUCCUGUUUGUGGAGACCUUGCUGUGGCCUUGGCACAAUCUGGUCCCCAGUUCACGCAGGUUCUGCGCUGCAACUAUGCAAUCAAAGCACAUCGUUUUUUGAUGGCUUUAUCUAUAUUGAAGGAUGAAUUCUUGCGUUCAAGGGAUUACCCAGAGUGUCCUCCAACUUCUCGUCUAUUCCAACGUUUUCGGCAACUGGGGCAAGCAUGUAUCAAAUAUGGUCAGUUUGACAGUGCAAAGGAGACAUUUGAAGUUGUCUCUGAUUAUGAGAGCAUGCUUGACUUAUUCAUUUGUCAUCUAAACCCAAGUUCCUUGCGACGGGUUGCUCAGAAGUUAGAAGAUACUGAUGCAGAAUCUGAACUGAGGCGUCAGUGUGAAAGAAUCUUGAGAGUUCGCUCUAGUGGAUGGACACAAGGAAUUUUUGCGAAUUUUGCAGCAGAAAGUAUGGUUCCAAAAGGUCCAGAAUGGGGAGGAGGUAACUGGGAGAUCAAGACUCCUCCCGAGUCAAAGAAUAUACCACAAUGGGAACUCUCUGGAGAAGUCAUGCCAUACAUGAGGACGUCUGCUGGGCCCAUUCCGUCCAUCAUUGCUGAUAAUAUUGGAGUAUACUUAGGAACAACAAAGGGUAGGGGCACUGUCAUUGAUGUCAAAGAGGACAGUUUACGAGAGACAUUUGCAGCAGGUAUGAAUAAUGAAAGAAAGUCUGAGGAAUCAAAUCUCGUUUUAUUUAAUCCUGAACCAAGCCAGUCAAGCAGAUCUGAUGAAGUAAGUGUGAAGCGAACUUCUGUAAGUGGUUCAUCUAGCCUCUCAAAGGCCUUUGAAGUAGACACUGCUAAAGAUGAGCAAACAAAAGCUGCAGAGGAAUUUAAGAAAUCCCUAUAUGGAGCCGAUGACAGUAGUAGUGAGGAGGAUGAGGCAGUAUCGAAAAGAAGAACAAUACGUUUUAAAAUUCAAGAUAAACCUAUCACAGGAACUGUUGAUGUCAACAAAGUUAAGGAGGCUACCAAGCAGUUCAAGCUUGGGGAUGCUUUGCCGCCCCCUGGAAGUAGAACAAGGUCAUCUUCUGGAGGAUCUCAAGAUCUUUCUAUUGUUUUAGCCCCACCUUCGAUCUCAGGGCCUCAAAAUGGGACAAUAACUGGAGCGAUAUCAGAACCAACAUCACUAAUGGUGGGCAUGGGGGUUUCAGCUGGACCGAUUCCAGAGGACUUCUUUCAAAAUACAAUAUCUUCCUUUCAAGCUGCAGCAUCUUUACCUUCUGUUGCUGCAUACAAUCAAUCCCAAAAUCAAAUGUUUCAGGGUACAGCGAGCAAUAGAGUGCCCCCUAACAAUCAAGGGCUGCCUGUCGAUUUUGGUCUUCCUGGGGGUGGUGUACCUCCUCAAAUUCCAGAGUCUACUAGCAUGGCUUCUAGUUUGUAUGUGGAUGGUACACCUCCACAAUUUGUGGGCCUUCCUGAUGGUGGUGUACCCCCAGUAUCAGUCUCAUCAACGCCUCUUGAUACCUCUGUUUUAGAGCUUGCAAGUAAGAACACCGCCGAAACCCAAGUAUCUGGUCUUGGAGCAGGUGUCAGCAAAACUCCUGGUCGUCCUGGCUCGCCGCCUAUAGUUGUACGACCGGGGCAGGUGCCUCGUGGAGCUGCAGCAUCAAAGUGCUUUAAAGCUGGGGUUGCUCAUCUUGAACAGAACCAACUUUCAGAUGCCAUGUCCUGUCUAGAUGAGGCUUUCCUGGCAUUGGCAAAAGAUCAGUCGCUUGGGCGUGACAUUAAGGCUCAAGCUGCUAUUUGUGCGCAGUACAAGAUUGCCGUUUCAAUACUUCAGGAAAUUGUUCGUCUACAGCGGGUUCAAGGGCCUAGUGCUGUUAGUGCAAAGGAGGAAAUGGCCAGGCUUUCUCGUCAUCUUGGUACUUUGCCUCUUCUUGCUAAGCACCGAAUAAGUUGCAUUCGAACUGCUAUAAAAAGAAACAUGGAUGUGCAGAACUAUGCAUUUGCAAAAUCCAUGCUUGAUCUUCUUCUCUCAAAGGCCCCUCCCAACAAACAGGAUGAGCUUAGAAGCUUGAUAAGUGUAUGCAUGCAAAGGGGUCUAACUGACAAAUCCAUUGAUCCAGCAGAAGAUGCAUCACAAUUUUGUGCAGCAACUCUUGGUCGCUUGCCUACAAUAGGGCAUGAUGCUUGUGAUUUAUGUGGUGCCAAAUUCUCAGCUCUUUCAUCACCAGGCUGUAUAAUAUGUGGCAUGGGCAGUAUCAAGAGGUCUGAUGCAGUCUCAGGUCCAGUUCCCUCACCAUUUGGUUAAGAGGUGGAAACAAUGGACCAUGUUUUGUUGAGUGAGUCAUAAUAGUCUUGUCUAAUGCAAUAAUUCCCAGGUAAGGAACUCUAUGUAAUAUGGUAAUGGGUACAUUGAUUGGUAAAAGUGCUAUUGCGAUUAAUCUGCCAUCUGACGAGCCAGUAGCAUAUGUAGUUAGUGAGGUAGAGUGUGAUUGGAAGAUGGUGAAAAUGUGAUUUGAAUCUGAGAUUUAAAGGCUUUCAUAUCAUAAGCUUCGUCUUUGUAAUAUUAUACUAUUCUGUAAUGCAUUUUUGUGCAUAAACUGUUUUGAGUUUCUUCGUCUCUUACUAGAGAAGACAGAGGGUGCUCCAAUUGGGAAA